UUCCCAAACCUGAGCUGAUCGCCCGGUUAGAACGAGGGGAGGAGCCAUGGGUGCCUGAUCUCCAGGCCUGCAAAGAAAGAAGGUUUCCGAGAUGCACCCGCACAGGCUGAGGGAUCACGUCCACAUUUCGCUCCAGAUGGGCCCGUCUUCCAGGAGACAGGGAAGGGAAAUGGCUGUGAUGGAGCCAGCUCAGGGGCUGGUGACCUUCGAGGAGGUGGCUGUGUAUUUCACCCAGGGGCAGGGGGCUCUGCUGGACCCUGCUCAGAGAGCCCUCUACAGGGACGUCAUGCAGGAGAACUAUGAGACGGUGACCUCGCUGGGAUUUCCCAUUGCCAAACCUGAGCUGAUCGCCCGGCUGGAACGAGGGGAAGAGCCGUGGGUGCCUGAUCUCCAGGCCUGCGAGGAAAGAGAGAUCCCAAGAGGCACCCACACAGGUGCUGAGCGAGGGAGUGAGAAUGAGGAGGGGAAUCAUCAUGAGGAAGUUCCUGGGGAAGUGGAACCACAGGGAACAUUUGUGGGAAGAGCUGAAGUGAAUUUCUCCAAGUGCAUGGAACAGGGAGAAGCCUGGGGAAAUUGUCAUAGGUCAGAGAAGCUGCUGGAAAGCCACCCAGGGAAGAAAGAGGAUGAAUCUAUUAACUGUGGGGGAGGAGACAAGGAUCCCAUAGCGCAGCAGACAAAUCGCAAGGAGGAGACACCAUGGCACUGCCUACAGUGUGGGAAAGGAUUCACUGUGAGAUCACAGCUUGUGACACAUCAGACAAUCCACACUGGAGAGAAACCCCUUCAAUGCUUGGACCGUGGGGAAAGCUUCAGUAACCGCUCAGAUCUUAAUAACCAUGGGAGAAGCCACACUGGAGAGAAGCCCAUUCGCCUCGAGUGCGGGAAAUGUUCCAGUUCUAAGUCAGCACUAAUUUCACAUCAAGAAAGCCACACAGGAGAGAGACCCCAUAAGCGCUUGGACUGUGGAAAAAGUUUCACACGCAAGUCAGAUCUUGCUAAUCAUCAGGCAAUCCACACAGGAGGGAGACCCCAUAAGUGCUUGGACUGUGGGAAAAGUUUCAAGCGGAGGUCAGACCUUCUUAAACAUCGGGUAAUCCACACAGGAGAGAGACCCCAUAAGUGCUUGGACUGUGGGAAAAGUUUCAAGCAGAGGUCACAUGUUCUUAGACAUCAAGCAAUCCACACAGGAGAGAGACCUCACAAGUGCUUGGACUGUGGGACAAGUUUCAAGCAGAGGUCUCACCUUCUUAGACAUCAAGCAAUCCAUACAGGAGAAAGCCCUCAUAAGUGCUUGGACUGUGGGAAAAGUUUCAAGCGGAGAUCAGACCUUGUUAAUCAUCAGGCAAUCCACACAGGAGAGAGACCCCAUAAGUGUUUGGACUGUGGGAAAAGUUUCAAGCGGAGAUCAGACCUUGUUAAUCACCAGGCAAUCCACACCGGAGAGAGACCCCAUAAGUGCUUGGACUGUGGGAAAAGUUUCAUAGGGAAGUCAAUACUUGUUAAACAUCAGGCAAUCCAUACAGGACAGAGACCCCAUAACUGCUUUGACUGUGGAAAAAAAUUUAUAACGAGAUCAGCGCUUAUUAAACAUCUGGCAAUUCACACAGGACAGAGACCCCAUAAGUGCUUGGACUGUGGGAAAAGUUUCACAUGGAGAUCAUCUCUUGCUACACAUCAGGUAAUGCACACAGGAGAGAGACCCCACAAGUGCUUGGAAUGUGGGGAAAGUUUCAUAUGGAGGUCAAACCUUGUUAAACAUCAGGCAAUCCACAAAGGAGAGAGACCCCAUAACUGCUUGGAUUGUGGGAAAAGAUUCAGACAGAGAUCAGACCUUGUUAAUCAUCAGGCAAUCCAUACUGGAGAGAGCCUCUGUAAGUGCUUGGACUGUGGAAAAAGUUUCAAGCGCAGGUCAGACCUCGUUAAACAUCGGGUAAUCCACACAGGAGAGAGACCCCAUAAGUGCUUGGACUGUGGGAAAAGUUUCAAGCAGAGGUCACAUGUUCUUAGACAUCAAGCAAUCCACACAGGAGAGAGACCUCACAAGUGCUUGGACUGUGGGACAAGUUUCAAGCAGAGGUCUCACCUUCUUAGACAUCAAGCAAUCCAUACAGGAGAAAGCCCUCAUAAGUGCUUGGACUGUGGGAAAAGUUUCAAGCGGAGAUCAGACCUUGUUAAUCAUCAGGCAAUCCACACAGGAGAGAGACCCCAUAAGUGUUUGGACUGUGGGAAAAGUUUCAAGCGGAGAUCAGACCUUGUUAAUCAUCAGGCAAUCCACACAGGAGAGAGACCCCAUAAGUGUUUGGACUGUGGGAAAAGUUUCAAGCGGAGAUCAGACCUUGUUAAUCAUCAGGCAAUCCAUACAGGAGAGAGACCCCAUAACUGCUUUGACUGUGGAAAAAAAUUUAUAACGAGAGCAGCGCUUAUUAAACAUCUGGCAAUUCACACAGGACAGAGACCCCAUAAGUGCUUGGACUGUGGGAAAAGUUUCACAUGGAGAUCAUCUCUUGCUACACAUCAGGUAAUGCACACAGGAGAGAGACCCCACAAGUGCUUGGAAUGUGGGGAAAGUUUCAUAUGGAGGUCAAACCUUGUUAAACAUCAGGCAAUCCACAAAGGAGAGAGACCCCAUAACUGCUUGGAUUGUGAGAAAAGAUUCAGACGGAGAUCAGACCUUGUUAAUCAUCAGGCAAUCCAUACUGGAGAGAGCCUCUGUAAGUGCUUGGACUGUGGAAAAAGUUUCAAGCGCAGGUCAGACCUCAUUAAACAUCGGGUAAUCCACACAGGAGAGAGACCCCAUAACUGCUUGGAUUGUGGGAAAAGUUUCAAGCAGAAGUCACACCUUCUUAGACAUCAAGGAAUCCACACAGGAGAGAGACCUCACAAGUGCCUGGACUGUGGGAAAAGUUUCAUACGGAGAUCAGAUCUUGUUAAACAUGGGAAAAUCCACACAGGAUCUAAACUUCUGUGACACAUGACAAGAAAGGGUUAAGCUCAGAUCAGGCCUUGUUACACAUCAGGCAAGCCACACAUGAGAGAGACUUUAUAAAUGCUUGGCAUGUCGGAAAAGCUUCAGUAACCAAGGUAAUCCACAGAGGUAUGAGAGAGCCUAGGAAUAGCCUGACUGCAGAAAAAAAUUCAAUUUGACUUCACACAUUAGUGACCCACACAGAAGAGAGGCCUCAAAUGCGGGGGACGCUUCAUUAGGUGCUCCCGGAGUAUCAAGCAUCCAGAAAUCUGCACAGGGAAGAAACCGCUGAGAUGUUCUCAGUGCGGAAAAUGCUCCAAGUGGAGCUAACACAAUGUUGGACAUCAGAGACUCCCCCACACAGCAGGGAAAUUCUCUCAGGGCCCUGACUAGGCCAUAGGAACAACCCCAUUUCCUCGUUCCCACACACGUCAGGGGCUUUUGGCUCCCAAGUAUCCAGCUGCCCAUCGCUGGGGUGAGGAUCCAGCAUCAGCCGAGAAUCAGCUGGUCAGUGACCCACUGGCUCUGCCUGGUCUAAGCAAACCCCAGUCAGAGGAGGAGAAGCCCCGAUCAGCCCCUCCUCCCUGCUGCAGCCCUGGCUGCUGAGCUGAUGGGCCACAGGUGGGGGAAGGGAGAUAGAGAAACUGCUCCAGCCGCUCCCUCUGCCUGGCUGAAGUUCUCCCCUCUCCCUUCCCCUCCCAGCCGGGAUCCCCCUGCCAUGGAGAUGAGGAGAAGGACACUUGGGCCAGGUCCCACCUUCACUCUAGACACCUGUACCCAUCCCCCAUCUUCCACCAGCCCCUGGGCUGGGCUCCCCCACUGAUUUGAGCUGUUCCCUUUUGGGCAAGUGUCCCUGGGGGCUGGUAACUCCUCCCCUCCCCACAUUCCCCAGGGCGCUGGCUUCUGAGGGAAUCAAAUGUUAAGGGACCAGGGCUUUGGGUUCUGGGGAGGUCACUGGGGUUUGGAUGGUUAGGCUGGUGGAGCUUGAAAUCAGGAGGAGCUGGGUACUGGGUAUCGAGUGUUUGGGGAUCAUGGGAUAAGAAGUGAGGGAGAGCACAGGGGUAGAGAGGUGCUGCCUCUCCUCAGUCAGCCUCUCUGCCCCUGUCCCCUCUGCAUUCAGACAGUGCCACUGAGAGGGGCUGAUUCCCACAGGGCCUGUUGUGGGAGGCCUGGAGAUCCCACCUCUGCCUCCGCAGCAUCAGCCUCUGAAGUUCUGGCUAGGCUAGGAGGUGUGGUUGGGAUUAGCCAGCAGAUCUCUGUGACCCUCCACCAGAUUUCCUAGUGUAAACUCACUCUGAGCAUCUUAUGCGUUCUGACCAGUGUUCCCUCAUUUUUUACAUCCGUGUUCGGAAUGAAUUUGGUUCUAUGAUUCAAUAUGUGACGCAUCAUCUCCACAUUGGUGCACAGAAUAAAAUACAUGUGGUGGGGGUGGAGCCGCGGGGUUCGGAGUUUGGGAAGG